AUGCGGCGAUAUCGUAACGACGGUUCGCACCAGAAGGCCAAUAGACCAAUGAGCUCUCAAUCACAUGGAAAAGAAGCGGCAGGGAGCGAACGAACCAAACCGGAUAUCACCGACCUCCAUAGACAGAGAAGGAGAAAGAUCGAACGGAGAGGAACCAACCACGACGAGAACAAUAGAAGCAACACGAAGAACAAACGGCAUAGCAAAAAUCUGAGAAGAUGUGGAGGAAAAACAGCUGAGCACCAUAAACUUCUUCAACCAUUGAGAACUAAGCAAGAGGAACUGAACAGAAACAAAGCAAAGAAGAAAACUCAAAGGAAACCCGAGCUCCAUGGCUGA